CUUUUCCUGAUCAGGGCCUCAUUAUUGGACUCGGACUAAUGGGGGCGGAGCAAAACAAACUCGCUUCCUCACCAAGCAACGCGGUGAAACGAAAAGCCUUCAGCAGCCAAUCAGGUGGCGCUUUGGAAUGUUUAAUUUCAAAAUCCUUCAUUUGUUCAACGGCUGAGUUUCGGCAUCCACGAGCGACUCUGCGAUUCCUCCUGCUGCACCACUGGAUUGAUUCCCACGACACACCUGGAUUGAUUCCAGCACCAGCUCGAGAAUUAACUCCUGCAUCGCCAGCGAUGAACUUCUUGUUCGAAGACCUGCUGCUGCAGAUGGAGGCGCUGCCACCGCGCGAAUGGAGCGGACUGACCGAGCCCUGCGACGGAAGGAUGUUUCCUGCCAGCGAGGAGAGACAUGAAGAGGAUCAAGAUCCCACACCUCAUCAGGAAGAAGAGGAGGAUGAUGAUGAUGGGUUUGAGGCAUUUUUGAGGGCCCUGCCCCCUUUAGAGACCCUGUCCCCUUUAGGAAGCCCAUCUCCUUUGAGCGCCCUGCCCCCUUUAGGUACCCCAUCUCCUUUGAGGGCCCUGCCCCCUUUAGAGACCCUGUCCCCUUUAGGGAACCCCUCUCCUUUGAGGGCCCUGUCUCCUUCCUUGAACCCCUCUCAUUUGAGAUGCCCACCCCCUUUAUGGAACCCACCCCCUUUAUGGAACCCACCCCCCUGCUCUACCUCCAUCUCUCUUAGCAACCCACCCUCCUGUGAUACCCCGGCCCCUUUCUGGAACCCACCCUCCUGCUCUGACCCCAUCCCUCUUAGCAUCCUGACCCCUCUGUGGAACCCACCCCCCUGCUCUGCCCCCAUCCCUGUUAGCAACCCGCCCUCCUGCGAUACCCUGGCCCCUUUGAGGAACCCGCCCCCCUGCAGUAUUUCAACCCCUUUGACGAACCCCACACCUGUUAGUAUCCUGCCCCCCUGCAGUAUCUUGACCCCUUUGAGGAACCUGACACCCUUCUGGAACCCAACUCCCAUCUGGAUCCCAGCCCCUUUGAUGACCCUGUUUCCUUCAGGGAACCCCACUAUGGUCCCCGUAGGGUUUCUCCCCGUAGACUGUGUUCCUGUCCCUCACCAGGGGAAAAGGAGGAGGGAUGAAGAAGAGGAAAACAAAAAAGCUCCUCCUCGUAGAAGGCAGCGUUGCUCAUCUUGA